AUGAAGCAUUUUGAAAAAACAGUCAAACCAAUUAUACAAGAUUAUGAAAAAUCUAUUUGUUCUCUCGAACAACAAUUGAACAAUGCCCGUGAGACCUUAACCAACUCUGAAUCAACUAUACAAGUUCGAGAAUUAAAAUUACACGAGACUGAAAAAGCAAAUGAAAAAAAUAAAAUUUUAAUAAAUGAGAUUAAAUCAAAAUUGACAAAAUUAAUUGAACAUGAAGAAACCACGGAAUCAUACAUAAAAAAUCUUGAAAUUAGGCUCAACAUAGAAUCUUCUCAACAAAUUAAAGAUUUGAACGUGAUUGAGGAACUUCGG